UUUAUUUGUGUGUUAUUUUAUUUUUAGAAUAAGGCCAUGACGCCAGGCUCUGUCCUGUUUUCCGGAGUAAAACUGGUGGUAAUGCCCUAAAAGGGAGCGAGUGGGCAGUAAAGGUGCUUAUAUUUGCCAUUUAAUCCGCUCUGCUCGUCUCAGGCUGCCUCUUCCCUCCUCCAGCACAAUGGCGAUCUGAGCACGUAAACACGCCACAACGGCGACGAACCGGCAGCUGCUGAGCCGCAUUUACACGCGUUUACCAAUGUCCGUGGCGAAUGCGAGGCAGACCAUCUUCAACCCGGUAGUUCCUUUCACAGGAACGAUAGCAGGUGGGCUUCAUCCGGGAGAGAUGGUUGUUAUUCAAGGCUGCGUCCUCAAUGAGGCUGACAGGUUCCAGUUUGACCUCAGCUGUGGCAGCAGCACCAAACCCCGGGCAGACAUUGCCUUCCACUUCAACCCCCGCUUCAGGAGCCCCCCAAGCAUUGUCUGCAACUCUCUGCAGCAAGGCAGCUGGGGCAGAGAGGAGAAGCUCGACCAGAUGCCCUUCAGGCAAGGCACGUCCUUUGAGACAAUCAUCCUGGUCCAUGAAAACGUCUUCAAGGUGGCAGUAAAUGGUGCCCAUGUACUGGAGUAUAAGCACAGAAUCCCUUUGGAAAGGGUUGACACAUUCUCCGUAUCAGGAAAAGUCAAAAUACAGGCCAUUGGCUACGUCCCCAACUCAGCAAUAUUUUCAGAAUCAGGUGAUUUGAGUAUACCCUACAAAGGCAGUAUACUUAAAGGGCUCAGACCAGGACAGCACAUCACAAUCAAGGGGCACGUCAGCUUAUUUCCUCACAGUUUCACUGUAAACCUGAGAUGCAGUCAGUCAGAAAACAUCGCUCUGCAUCUCAACGCACGCAUCAAAUCGGGCAUGUUCGUCCGCAACUCGUUCUUAAGCCAGUCUUGGGGCCCGGAGGAGCUCGAGCUGCUGUGCUUCCCGUUCUCAGCUGGGAAAUACUUUGAGAUAAUCAUCCUGUGCCAGUCUCAUCAGUUUAAAAUUGCUGUAAACGGAGCCCACCUGCUGGACUACAGGCACAGAGUGCAGGACCUGAGCUGCAUUAACCAGCUGGAGGUCCUGGGAGAUCUGGAGCUACAGGACGUUAAGCUGUGGUGACUCCUGAUCAGCGACAGGACAUUUCAAAUUGCGUUUUUCACCCUGUUUACUAAUGAUAAGUGAAAAAUACACCUCUCACUGACAAAGAGUGCCCUCGCUACUAUCGGUUGGAUCAGCUUGAUGGGAGUAAAGGUUGAGUUUCUAAAACAUAACAUGAACUGGUAUCUACAGAAUUUACUGUUAAAGUGUGGCAGUUGAAACACAAAGGAGAUGAAGAUCAAAACACUAAGUGACAAAUUUUGAGGGUGGAGGAUGUGAAGAGAAAAAAAAAAAGAAGAAAAUGCUUCCCAGCCUUUGCUAAAGAUUAGAAUUUGGCCCCAAGCAUACAUACGUUUGGUAGCUGAUGCAUCAUACUACAUCCUAGAAUGGGGAAAUGUACAAGGUUAGUUAAAAAAGCACUUUUAGAAGGAGAUAAGCAGACAUACAGACACACUGCAUUUACGAAAUCCGACUCUCAAAGGAGGUUAUAAAAGUACUUAAAUAAAGAAAUAAAGGUUAAAUAAACAAAACCGCAUUACGUUAAACAUACACUAUGGGAUUCGGAGAUGAAGUGCAUUGUGAUACAUGCUGUUUUAAGACCAUCACACAUUUCCGUUAAAGACACCAGAGGACUGUAUGAGCAAACAGAAGGGGGCAAAUGGACUGUUACUGAGUCAUAGUGUUACUCUUAUUAAUGUACUUUAUAGAUUACCGAUAUCUCAGAGCAUGUAAUAAAAUGAUUUUAAAUAAAUAUAUGGCAAAAAC